UCGUGGUCGUCGGGCAUGGGCGAGAACUCGUCGGGUCACUAUCCGCUGAAGAAUUUCGCUUCGUACCGUACGGUCGGGUUACAUUAUGCCGGCAUUCGACUUACGGCUCGACUGGCUGCUCAACUGGGUUACAUACGCCCUCUUCUCUCUAUGCGUAGCAACCUCCAAUAGCCGCGGCUCUAUAGCCCUCUCCGUCUACUCGAUAGGUGGUGGGCCAUGCUUUCCUCUGGAAGGAUCAGCCAGACAAGCCAUCAACACCCGCUCUAGCACAAGUCCUGGCCGUGCCACCGGUCUCGCCAUCUAAAAUAGCAGCGGUAUGUCUACCUCCGUACUACGCCCGGGUUAUCGCGUAGCUGUUCUAAGAGGUCGAGGGACGACGCUCUCUG